AUGAGUAGAGCAUCAGAAUAUGAUGAAAUUAAGGAACAAUUGAAUAAUGUAUCAGAACAACUGAAUCGAGUUGAAUUAUUACUCAAUAAUAGUAUCAAUCAAUUAUUGAAUAAAAUUGAUGAUAGUAACCAUAAUAUAAUAGAUUUAUUCAAAUCUCAUUACACUUCAUUAGCAAAUGGUGAGUUUCUUCUUUUUUUUAGAUCUGUAAAACAAAGAAGUUGUAAACAACAAACUUCUAAUCGACAAGUUAAUGCUCUUGUGAUUAUUGAUGUACAGCAUGAUUUUAUUGAUGGAAGUCUUUCUCUUCGAAAAUGUCCAUCUAAACAUAAUGGUGAAGAAGUUGUUCCAGUAAUAAAUCGUCUUCUUGAUUCCAUUGAUUUCGAUGUAGUUGUUUACACUUAUGAUUGGCAUCCUAGUGAUCACAUAUCAUUUUUUGAUAGUCUUCAUCUUCGUUCACAGUUUCUUACUAAUGAUUCGAUACCUUUAGCUGAUCUUCGUCCUUAUUCAACGGCAAUAUUUGAUAUUCCUGGUCUUGCUCGUAUGGAACAAGUUCUUUGGCCUGCACAUUGUGUUCAAAAUACUUCUGGAGCUGAAUUACAUUCUGAUUUGAAAGUAAUUGAUGAAAAGAAUACACGAAAUAUAUCAGUUAUUCAUAUGUAUAAAGGAACAAAGUCCGAUAUUGAUUCAUAUUCAGCUUUUUGGGAUAAUUUUAAAUUGAGUGAAACAAAAUUACAUAAAUUAUUAACAGAAAAACAAGUUACUCAAAUAUAUCUUGCUGGUCUAGCAACAGAUUAUUGUGUAUAUUUUACGGGUAUUGAUGCAUUAGAACAGGGUUAUAAAACAUUUAUUAUUGAAGAUGCAAGUCGUGGAGUAGAUCCAAAAACCAUCAAGGAAAGACUUGAUAAUUUUACAGAGAAACAUGGCCAAAUUAUUCAAUCUAAUCAAGUGAAAAAUUAUAUAUAA